AUGAGACCCCCUACUGUGCAGUGCCAGUUCUACCUCAUUGGAGAUGAACCUUCGUCAGCACAAUCCGUCACUGUCGACACCCGGUGGAAGUUCGAGGAUCUACAGCGUGCUGUCGGCUUAGUGUUUCACGUUGCGCAACCGUUGGGAACCCUGUCAACGGUAGACGAAGUCCUCACUUUAGCAAACUCCUCCUCAGCCAUCGGCAUCCUCGUAGAUGGGAAGCCCGUGCAAUCCCCUCAGGGGCCGCCUGGUCUCCCCCUCGUCGGCAGCUUCUACGAGAUCUUCCCCGACCAUCUAGGCAACCACUACCGACUCUUCCGCAAAUAUGGGCCCGUCAUCAAGACAACCAACAUGGGGAAAACAAUCUACUUGACCGACAGUCCCCAAGUGGCGGCGAGCUGCUUCGCCGAGUCAAUCUACAUGACCAAGAAGAUUACCGAAGACCACCCGCUCUGGGGCGUCAAGGACAACACGGCCAUUUUCAUCGGCGAUACGGAGACGGAGAACUGGCGUCUUGCGCACAAGUAUCUUCCCCCUGCCAUGGGUCCGAAAGCCGUGAGACACUACACGGGACUAAUGCAGAAUUGCGCGCGCAAGGCACUCCCAGUAUUCGAUGAGCUUGAUGCCCGCGAUGAGAGCUGGAAUGUUUACCAGUACAUGGUGAAGCUCGCUUCGCAGACGAUCGGGUCGUUCUCGCUGGGCAAAGAUUUUGGGCAUUUCGCAUCAAUAGAUUCCCCUUUGCAUCCGAUUGUUACGAACAUUGCGUCCUUGCUCUCACUGAAUAAGAAAAUCACAGCACGCGGAGAGUGGUAUCGACUUCUCCCGUUUGGCGACCCAGCGCGUCUGCGGUCUGUCCAGCACACCAUAUAUACCCUACUACAGGAGGCUAUUGACGAGGUUGCGGCCCGGUCUGCCAGCAAAGAUGCACCCAUGAGUGAUGCCGCGCUGAGCGCAUCCUGCGUCGUGGAUUACCUUCUUCAUGCGGUUGACGAGAAAGGCGAGCACUUCCCAACUGGCCUGAUCCUGGCCAACAUGUUAAUUGUCACGGGUGCCGGAUUCACAACGACAUCGGCCCUCUUAUCGUGGCUGAUCUACUGUCUCGUCACGUACGAAGGCACCCAAGAUCGCCUCUACAGCGAACUUGUAGAGUACGGCAUUGUCGGCCCCAGUGGCGAGCCCAACAAGACAACCUGGACCCCUGACUUAGCACACAGCCUUCCUUACCUCAACAACUUUGUCAAGGAAACCCAACGUUUACACAACGCCUCCUUCCAGCCGGGCCGAACCACAAAGACAGACGUAGUCCUACCGGGGGGCUACCGCAUCCCAGAAAACAGCGUGAUCGUGCCAGCGCUCUAUGCUAUCCACACCAACCCAAGUAUCUGGCAUGAUCCCUUCCGGUUCAAUCCUGACCGGUGGGAUAGCGACGAGGUGAAAAAUCUGCACCGGUGCGCGUAUGUUCCCUUCGCCACCGGACCGCGCGGAUGCAUCGGCUUCAACUUUGCGCUUCUGGAGGUGAAAAUAAUCCUUGCGGAGCUGGUAAGUCGGUAUGAGUUUGUGAGGGACGGGGUGGAAAGUAUCGAGUAUGAUCCAGAGUUCCAGUUGAUACGGCCGUUGAACUUCUACGUCAGGGCGAAGAGAAGGUCUUGA